AUGUUUCGAAGAACGGUUCCGAAGCGGCUGCCCAUCACCAUCGUUAAGCUCCCGAUGCCUGUCAGACCACAAGCUAGUUAUGGUAAGCAGUGCGCCAGACUCUCCCGUUCCCGCAAGGUCUUCCAUCAACAAAAGACUGUUUCUGCUGUGUCGAGGAGAGAGGAGCGUGCCCUUCCGUGUCCUUCCGACGUCGACGUGGCGCCCUGCGUGUGUUCCUUCGACGGCGCAUCCCUCGACCUCGACUGCAGUUCGGUGAAGGACCUGGACGACCUGGCGAGGGUGUUCCAGGCGGAGUUCCCCUUCCCGUCGUUCACGUCCCUCGCCAUCGCCGACAACCCACAGCUCGUGGGAGAGCUUCCAGGAGGGAUCUUCGGCCCCGUGACGUUCCAGAACAUCACCCUCGUGCGCACGAACCUCAGCGCCGUCUCCGACACUGCCUUCACGAGCUCGGCCUCCAGACUGCAGGUCCUCGACCUCGGGUCCAACGCCCUCACGAGCUUUCCCUUCGCGACGCUGGGAAACUACUUCCUCCUGCAGCACCUCGACCUAAAGAGAAAUAAGCUUGGCAGGAUUUCGGACUUGGAGAGCUCAAGCUUGGAAUUCUUGAAACUCGACAGCAAUCCUUUGCUUGAAUUAACCGCUAAUACUUUUGCAGACGCGCGCUAUCUCAGAGCACUCUAUCUGAACGACGCCAGCCUCAAGGAAGUCCCCGUAGGUCUGUUCGACGGCCUAAACCACCUGCAGGAGCUAUACCUGAUGGGUAAUCAGAUCCAGACCCUCAGUAGCGGUACAUUUAACCUUAACAGCAAAAGUCUGAUCAUCCUGGCCCUUGCUGGAAAUGCCAUCAGUCAGGUGGAACAAAAUGCUUUCGGUACAAGCCUCUCGAACACUGUUAUUUUAGACUUCCGUGCUAACUCUCUGACGGAUCUUCCCGAGUCCGUCUGGCGGCCUCUGAUCGCGGUCUUGGGACCUGAUUCCCUUCACAUCGACGGCAACAGUUUGACAUGUGGAUGCGACCUGUGCUGGUUGAUGCAAGACGCCACGCUACUCAGCCAUACUACAGGCGGCAAGUGCAGCUCUGGAGAAUAUCUUGAGGACGUCAGUACGGACUAUUGUGAUUUCUUCUGUUUUAGGAAUUCUGAAUCACAUUAUCACCAAGAUGCGCCCGGUGUCUUAAAGAAUCGGGGCCGACAUAUUAGCCUUCUAAUAAGACGGAGGCGGUUCUGUGUGGACUCCACCGCGGACGAGACCAGCAUGACUUGGAAUCUCUACGAAGUUCUGGGUUUAAAAUGUCUGAGUGUCCCCUAA